AUGGGCCGUCUCGACCUCUCUUUCCUCCUGGAGUCAGGCUCCUACAGUGAUCUAAGAAUUAUCACCACCGAAGUAGAAGAUGGCUCUGAGACCGAGUACUCCGUUCAUCGCAACAUUCUCUUCACCCAAUGUCCGAGAUUGAAAGAUUUGAACCGGGAAGAAGGAGUCGACAUCGUCCAUCUGGACUACCGUGCUUUGACACUCGGGUCCAUAUUGCAGUACUUGUACUCCGGACAGUACGAGGCGCUUUACGAGCAACCGCUGGCGGUCCGGCGAGCCAGCGAGGCUGAUCUUGAAUAUCAGCCUCACUCGAUGUACUGGUCCCUCCACACCAUGCAGCUGGCUCAUGAGCUCGAGCUCGUCGAUCUGUACGGGGAAGCGGCGGAUGCGUUGUGCUGUUCAGCACAAUAUCUCACGAACCAUGUUGACUUCCCCGGCGUGAUCGACGAGCUCUACGAGACGUGUAGCCAGCACUCACAAUUCCCCGUCCACCUCGCGAAGAUUGCCAGUACCAUUGCAGAGAACUGUCUGAUAAAGCGACGGAUGCAAGACCGACUCCAGCCCAUCAUGCUCAAACACCCACAGCUCGCCCUGGACACAAUGGAAGCAAGCAUGGACGCUCUGGCUGAAGCCAGAAGGGAGCUGAUUGAAGCUCAAGAGGAGAUAUCAGACCUUCGGGCUCAGGGCUACCAAGUUGGUGACUUCUGGGUCGAGGCUGAGCGAGAAAGAGAGCGUGAUCGGGAGAGGAGAGAGGAAGAAGCGGCUCGCGACAACAAUUCCGAGUACCAAAUUGUUCGGGGCAGCAAGAAAAGAAGCCGUUCCACUUCCUCAGGUGCUGGAGAAUACCCAGAACGGGAAGGAGAGAUUUAG